AUGGCCGCCACACUACCUAUCGAAAGCGGCAUUCUGUCAAAAUAGAAAAUAAAUUCGUCAUAAAAUGAGUAUUACAAUCACAUAAAACAUUUUAAUGAGAAUGGAUGAUUAUAUAGAUAGUGUAUUUAAAAACAUCUGAAUGAAUUCAUCAAGUUUAAUAAUAGAAGUCAAAAGUUAUAUUAUAAGGACAACAUCUUUGCGAUUUGCUUCGUGUCGUGUCUGAAGCGAUCAUUCGUGUUUACAAUUGAAGAUGAACGAAGACAAUAGUGAUGACUCGCCUCCCCGAGGAAAACGUAGAAUCGAUCUGUCGGUAAAAUCAUCUGCAGUGUUUGAGUCCGACAGCGACGACAUCACAGCGUCGAGGCCACGUAAAAAAAAAUUAAGGGUUAUAAGUGAUGAUGAUGAUACAAGUGACAGUAGUGGGAGCUCUGUGUGCACUGCGAGCCGCCGUCGCCGCAUUCUGCCCAAAUUACGAGAUUCGGAUGUGGAAAGCGAGCCAGCAGCCCGCAGCAGUCCAACCAAAGCAACUUCAGGGUUCGCUUCAGACAGCUCAGAAGGAAACUCUGACAAGUGUUCUAUAUGUCUGCUGAGAUACACAAAUCAAGAGAUUGGAACACCUGUUAACUGUGACCACAUAUUCUGUUUGGAUUGUAUCACAGAAUGGUCCAAGAAUGUUAAUACAUGUCCAGUAGACCGCAUCACAUUUGAAUCAAUAGUUGUGCGAGCUUGUAUGGGUGGUAGAGUGUUGAGGACAGAAGCUGUCAAAGUGACAGAACGCAGGCCUUCCAUUGAAUUACUUGUUAUUGAAGAUCCUACAGUUUGUGAGAUAUGUGGAGCGGCUGAUGAUGAGGAGACAAUGUUGCUGUGUGACAACUGUGACCUCGGCUACCACAUGCAUUGUCUCACGCCACGCCUUGACGAGGUGCCGAUAGAGUAUUGGUUGUGCCCGGACUGUACUGAAAUAAGUAAUGAAAUUAACUCAAGUCGUGUGGACCCAUUUAUAAAUAGGAGUCUCAGGAGGUCAAUGAGAGUUCAAGAUGUGGUAAAUCAACCGUCUACAUCUGGGAGUACAGAUAGAAACACAGCACGUAGAGGAAGAGCAACCACAACUUCAAGAAAUACAGCCACAACUCAGAGCGGCAGCUCCAAUAGUUCCAGGCAACAUACAACACAUACUAGAAAGCAAAAUAAGAAAAGCAGAAACGUUGCUAUUGAAUAUGAAGAAGAAGACGACAGUAGUUCUGUCACAAGAAGGGUUACAAAGACUGUCAAACGGAAGAAAAAGCAACGUAAGCGACAACCUCGCACGGCGGCGCGGCGGUCGCACGUGCAAGCCAGCGUACGCGCUCGCCUGGCCGCCAUGAAGGUCGACCGUGCGAGCAGCUCGCACACGCCGCACUCCCGCGCGACGGCUGACCUUCCCACCGUCCGCGAGCGGGCUGGUAUCGCGCGACUCAGCCUGUUCGGCAACGACACGCCGCUGGAGUACUUCUCAGACGACGACGACGCGCAGGUGCCUAACUACCCCAGUAGGCCGGUGGCCGUCGGGCCGGGUUCACUGUACGGGACUGCGGUAGCCUUCCGACAGCCACACAUUCUUGAUGCCUACAGACGGAUGAGACGGAAAACGGUAAAUAUAUCAUCACCUUUACAUGCAUCCACACCACCUGAUAUAGUCUCAAACAUAAUGGAGAGCCAGAGUCUAUUCCACGCCAAGAAUACAGUGAUUACGGUCACACCUAGCGGUGAUCUAAACAUACAAAAGGCAAACAAACCUGUGUCACAUAAAAAAGCAAGUGAAACAAAAAAAGACGAGAGAUUAGAUUUAUCGAAUGCGGAGGACGACUCAAGAAAAGUACCCUCUUAUCCGGGACAGUCGCGAGGCGGUGGCUGGGGGGGAGGCUACCGGGGUACAUACAAUAGAGACCAGAACACCAACAACUUCAGCAGAGGUGGCAGCUACGGAGGUGGCUAUCAGAACCGACAAGGACAAGCUCAAAAUAACAAUGGUAUGUUCAACUAUCAGAAUAGCAAUCGCCAUGACGAGCCCGAUUUCUACGAUAACUUUUCGAGGCGCCCGCACCAGUACACACCGGCUGAGGACCCGUAUCUGGACAGGUCUAGGAGACCCGCUCCCAAUGAUGUCAACAGAACAUCCAACCAAUCCAGAUAUAGUCUUGGACCUACUUGGCAACCAUAUGGCAAUGCUCCACCUGUGUCAAGACAAGAGAUGCCCCCUGCUACCGCAAGACAUUCCUUUGGAGGCUUCGAAAACCCUCUCGAUAUGAGAAUGGGCCAAAUGCCUACAAUGAGUUCCAAUACGGACUUGUAUGCGAGAGAACCACAACCGGAACACGACAAGCACCGACAGCAGCUUUAUAACCAGUCAGCUAACACUCAACCAUUUCAACCCCUUCCAGAACCACCUGCCUUCCCUUUUCAGAAGACACUUGAAGUAGAAAAAUCUGAAGAUGAGAAGAGUGAUUCGGGUCUAGUUAUAGAUACAGAAAAGUAUGACCCGACUGAACCUACACUUGACGACGAAGACAGCACAGAAGAACAACGAGACUCUUCUAAUUUAAACACAGAUAACAAUGUGGUGUCUGAGGUGGAUAAAAAACCCGCACAAAUUGCUUCCUCGAUGCACCUGCCUUCUUUGGUCAAUAUUGCUCCGGCUGAAACUGUGGACAGUAUCCUUGCUGGCAUUAACACAGACAACAUCAAUGUGCCAUCCAACGUCUUAGACAGUGCAGUGAGGCAAGUUUUAAAAAAACAUAGAAAUCUUUAUAUUGCAUCAAAUGAGUCGCAAAUCGAACAAAGUGAUAAUGACUCCGAUGGCGAUUGUCCAAACUUUUCUAUAUACUCUGCAACAAGUGUUCAUAUAGCUAAUAAUAGCAGUAGCUUAACAGAGGAAUUAGAACCUAAACAAGAUCCUAUACCGAGCGGUCUUGAGGACCUCGUACAAGAAGACGAUGAUGUCCCUACCUCAGAAAGCGCCUCCCCCAACAUUGCUGAUUCUGAUAUCACGGAAUCUGUAAUCAAAGUUGAGGAGCCACAGAUAAUUAGUAAAAAUAAUGAGUUUACUGAAAAACACCGAAUAAAUGAGGAAUACAAGGAGAAAGUGUCCAAGCGCUGCCCAAUCACUACAAGCACUCGAAAUCCAAUCAAAAUCAAAUUGAACACACCUUCAUUAAUAAAAAGACAAGUAUCAUUAUAUGACGAGGAAGAUACUAGUCAAGAUAUUGAUGUGCCCACCUCAGAUAUUACUACUGUAGACAAAACUGAAAAUCCAUCUAUACUCAAAAGUGAAAAAAUAAUUAAUAAAGACGGGAGUGAUAAAUCAGAGGAAACUGUGAGUAGUGGUAAAAACCAAGCGAUACUUGAAGAUGUGGAACAAUUUAUACCCGAAAUAAUAAAAUCGCCCAAAAGCAAAGUCGAAACUGUAGAGUUUCUGGAAAAUGAUAUAAGUAAAGAUGAUAAAUCUGAGGCAAAAGAUGACCACGAGAUAAAUGAAGCAAAUACGGGUGAGGUGUUGAAUCAGGAUAGUCAAGAAAUAUCUGACAGCGAGAUAUGUUUAAACUUAGAUUUGCCGAAGAAAAGUGAUGAAAAUAAUGAAAUUGAAGAUAAUUUAGAGAAAAUGACUGAAUCCAUCAGCGAGACCGAAGACGAAAGGAGUUACACUCCUUGCUUAGAUGAGAAUAAACCCAAAGAUAAUUCGUUCGAUACGGAUAAAGACAAGGGCAUUGAAGGCCUGGACACUGAAAUGAUUUCAGAGGAUGAAGGGAACGAAUUAUUCUCGGAGAGCGAGCGGCCGGCAUCAGCUGCGUCGCGGGUCACCUCACCCCCGCCCGCGCCCGAGGUUCAUGAUGAUGUCGAGGUUCCAGAGAAAAAGAAAAGCGAAAGGAAAAAAGAAGGUCGCGAUGAAGUAAAGAAGAAGAAAAAGAAGGAUUCGAAGAAAGAGGGUAAAGAAAAAAAUAAAAGUAAGAAAAAGGGAGAAGUAGCGUUCAAAAAGCUAAGCAAGAGCGGGAAGGAACGCAACUACCGGGAGCGAGAAAAAGAUGACAAAAAAAAUAAGAAGGAUAGAAGGUCAUCAAGCGAGCCCGAGGGAAAGAGUAAGAAACGCAAAGAGAAGAGGAAAGACUUGGAAAGGUACGACGUGCGCAACGUCGUCACCGAAAAACGGCGGAAGACGAAGGACCCGUUCGGCCGCGAUAUCUCGCCGCGCGUGCGAUCCCCCACGCUAUCGCCGGAGCGCCGCUCGCCCACCGCGUCUCUCGAGCGCAAGUCCCCGCGCCGCCGCCGCUCGCCGUCGCCGGUGCGUAUCAGGCGCUCCGUGUCGCGCGGCCGGCACUCCAUCAACCGUGCUCGGCGCUCUCUGUCGCGUGCGCGGCGCUCGAUAUCUCGCGCGAGGCGGUCGAUGUCGCGCGUGCGGCGCUCGCCGGUGCUGCGCCGCAUGUCGCCGGUUCGUCGCUCGCGCCGCUCUAACAGUCCGCGGUCGCUCACACCGCGCAUAUCGCCGCGCGCGUCGCCGUCGCCCCGUCGUCGGUCGCCCGCCCGCAAGCGGCGUCGUCGAUCGACUUCGCGCGUCCGCAAGCGCCGCUCGACAUCGGUGAGUCCUCGACGAGUGUCUAAGAAGAAGAAACGCAACAGAUCGGAGCAAUCACCCGCCAGGCGGCGCCUUGUGAAGUCGCCGUUGAGGAAGAGCCGUUCGCUGUCCGUGGCUCGAGCGCUGCCCUCGCCCUCAGUUGACUCGCGCCUGCUAUCGCCCCGCACACCCCCGCCCGAGCCCCCCGAUGACCUGCCGCCGCCCGACGUCCGGCGCCGCCGACGAGACCCCGCCCGCCGCCGCCUGCGAGACGCACCCGCGCCCUCCAAGGAGGUGUUCACGUCCGGAGACAACAUUCUGGUGAGCGUCAGCUUCAGCGAACAGGAGCAGGCGGAGCGGACUCGUAAGCGCGGCAAACGGAGACGCCGCGCGCGGGCCGCUGCGGUCGCGGGGGCCGACAUAGAGACACACAAGCCGGUCGCCAUAAUCGACCUCGAGCGUUCGCCCUUCCGCGAGCUGACGCCCUCACCCAAGAACGUCAUAGUGCUGAGUGACAGUGACAAGGAGGAGAAGGAACCGGCGGUGGUCGCGCCUGCUGCAGCCCCGGCCGCCGCGCCCGCCCCCGAGCCAGCCGGGCCGAAGACUCCGCCGUCGCCGGCUCCGUCGGGCGCCGGCACGGGCGGGGCCGAGCGGCCGGCCGCGCCCGACGCGGGGCCCGGCGAGGCGGGCGCCGAGGCCGCCGCCCCCGCGGCGUCCCCCGCCGCCUACGACCCGUUCGAGCCGACGCACUCGCCGUCCCCCGCGCGCUCGCCCACGCCCCCGAGUGCGUCGCCCCCGCGGGCCGACUCGCCCGCCGCGCGCUCGCACACCUCGCACUUCGGCAACAUCAACGGCGGCGGCGGCGGCGGCGGCGCGGGUGUGGCGGGGUCGCCGGGCGGGUCGCCGCCCACGCUCAUGACGCUGGAGGCGGCGCAGCGCACCAACAUGUCGGCCGACGACGUGCUGGACCGGCGGCCGCUGGAGCCCGCCGAGAAGGUGCUGGCGCUGCUGCAGUCCACGCGGGACGCGCCGCCCGAGCCGCCGCCGCCCGACGCGCCGCCCGCGCCGCGCAUCGUGCUGCCGUCGCCCACGCGCACGCAGCCCAAGCUGUUCCCCGGCAAGCCGUCCCCCAUCAAGUCCAACCCCGUCAAGCCGAUGCAGACCCUGCAGCCCAAGGCGCCGCUGGAGGCCGCCGCCGGCUCGUCCCCCUACUCGCCGGGCUCGUCCGACUUCGGCGACCUGUUCGAGCCGCCGGGCGCCCGCCGCGACGCCUUCGACGUGGUGCGAGGACGCCGCGCCGCGCGCGUGCCCGUCAGGCUGACCGGCAAGAAGGGCAAGACGCAGGUCGGGGUGAAGAUAGACGAAGACAACCUGAAGAUCCUUGACGACCUGCCCAGCUCCGCCGUCGAGAUGCAGGUCAAGAGCAAGUUCCUCAAGAAGCUGAACCGGCAGGAGCGCGUGGUGGAGGAAGUGAAGCUGGUGCUGAAGCCGCACUACAACAAGAAACACGUCACCAAGGAUGAGUACAAGGACGUGCUGCGGCGUGCCGUGCCCAAGAUCUGUCACAACAAAACGGGCGAGAUCAACCCCGCCAAGAUCCAAGCGUUAGUGGAGGCCUACGUGAAAAAAAUCAGGAAAAAACACAAGCUGGGCCUCUAACAAGCCCCUGCCUACGCAGAAUGAGUUUAACUAAUUGUAAUUAUAAUUUAUCUACGGACAUUGUAUUUUACUUAAACGUUUAUUUAAAUAAAUAUAUUAGUUUUAAUUGA